GGAAUUUUUUGUCAGUUGGCAAGUUUUGCGGACGACGGGCGUUUUCAGCACAAAACACGCUGUAGACAGCUUCACAGAGCCCUGGUCAUGCUCAGAACUCUUCAGAGGAUUCUCUAAGGCACUACCAUUCGUCUGACCUCAUUUUUGUCUUGCCAGAUGCCAGAUUCGUCGAGAUUUCGGCCGUCUCUGCCUCGCAGUGCCCCUGGUUAUUAUGACGGAGAUCGCGUCGCCCAGCCUAACACACGCAGUUCCGCCCACAGGUCACGGCGACAGCGAACACCACGGGCAACCGCCAUCAACACCCGAUUCAGGACACGCUGACUCCGUCGAGCAAACAGGAUCUGGCUCCCCUCAGGCCGUCAACGGAACCAACAAUCAUGAGAAAACCGACGAAAAGCCCGGUGAGGAGCAGGCGCAGGCCGAAACGCCACAGAGCAACAGUGUCCGCAGCGCGCGUGAGGCGACGAGCAUAGACGAUGGGCCCCCAGCUAAACGACGCCGACUGCGUGAUACAACGCCAAAUAGUAGCACCCGCAAACCAAAGGUCGAGUCACCGCCGUGGAAGAAAAUCGAAGCCGAUGGUCCGACAAGGUUGACGACUGAAGACGGCCGCCGUAAAUCGGGACGAAUCAAUGCCGUGCCGCUGGCGCUGCAACCCGGCGACAAGCGUAUUACGAGACACGUAUCGCACAGCCAACAGUCCAGUCCGCCCAGGAAUCGCGGUGCGUCCGUCAACGGCCAUGGCCAAAACCAUACUUCGACCCAAGGCAAUGCCGCCGCCAAGCGUCCCCAAAAUUCAAGCAAACGGCUGCCGGGUAAGCAGCCAACCAGCAAGCCCAGCCCGCGAAGACCCGCGACGCAGGAUCCGAAGUCGACAACGCGGAGCCGUCGGCGAUCAUCGUCGCCUAGCCGCGUCGUCACACCUCUGAAACCAUCGCUCGCCACGCGUCGUUCAACGCGCCACCUUCGGGGAACAGACGAAGAUGGCGACGAUGCCGGACUCAGUGCGACACGCACCACCCCGCGCAUAAAGUUACGAGUCAGACCGCCGUUGACAACCAUUCCGCUUGUUCACCGCGAGCAGGCCAACCUACGAACCAAGGUUGGUCCCACCUUCGAGGAGUUCUUUCAGCGCGCGCUCGAGAUCCCGGUUGAAGAGGGGGGCCUUCUCGUGGCCUCUGAGGACGGGCCGCGAUACACGGAGGAGGACGCGAGGGAAGAUGCGCGGCUCAUCCUGCGAGUCGAAAAAGAGGUGGAGCCUGGCGGUAUUUUGGCUGAGGACAGGUGCUCCGUGUUCGAGCCCGAGUCCGAGGAAGAACCCCCGAGGCAGUGGGCGCACAUGGACCAUCUGACCAAGGCGAUGUCUAAUUUCCGAAAGCUGAUGCUGCUGGAACACCAACGACACCGAGCCACCGCCAAGCGCCUUGCGAUUGCCUGCGAGGCUGAGUGGAGACGACGGAAUCCGCAGCCCAAGACCGCAGAAGAGAUCGAGCUUGAAGAGAUUGAACAAAGCAAGACAAGGUGGCGCCAAGUGAACAAGGUCAUCGCGGGCACCUGGGAAAAUGUCAAGACAGAGGUGAAUCGCCGACGGUUGGCAGAGUGGGAGGAGGCAGAGCAACGCCGGGUGAAGGCUGCAUUGAACCAGGCUGUCAACCUCUCGGAGCAGAAGCUUCAGGCUAGGCAAGCCCGUUUCGACACCGAAGAGCUCUCCGAAGACGAGAUGGCUGACGACGACAUGUUCUCCAACGACGACGAGGAGGAGGAGGACCUAGACGGCGAGAACGAGGAAUCCGAGAGUAUGCUAGGAGAGGAGAAGGAAGACGAUGAGGAUAUGUCCUCGUCCGACGAUGAGGAAGACAAAGAGUCAGAAGUAUCGGACGAGGGUCUCACGCAAGAACAGCUACGUGAGAAGUACGCCAAUUUACCGGAUUUGGAUACUACGUCGGAGGACAAGGCGGCUUCGGAGGCAGCUGCCGAUGAUGAAGACACAAGCGACGAGUCUGUCGACAUGGAUGACGAUCUUGGGUCGACGGAGAAUGAAUCGGAUGCGGAUGAUGACGAGACAGGCAGCGAGGAUGGUGAGGAUUCUGGAGACGAACCAUCCGGCCUGCUCGGGCUUCUUUUCAAGAAGUCCGAGUUGAAGCAGUUGAAAGCCGAGGCUGCCGCAAAACAACAUGCCACGGAGGAUGAAAAUGAAGAAAUGGACAAGGCCGAUGCUGCAGCUGGCUCUGGGGUUCAUGCGGAGGACAACGAUGGAAGUCCCGCUGGGACUGGUGAACAACAAACGAUGGCUACAACCCCCAGACCCACAACACCAGAGAAUCAAGUUGAGCAGGAGCCUGCAAAGGACGGGCAAUCAUUUCAUUCACACCAGGGCCUGCCCACCAGUGAACCGAUCAGUGGCCCCCUUGCAGGAAUUGACAGAGCGGAACCCCCGGCCGACGCUCCAUUGACGCACUCGACAGCUCAUCAGGGAGAGAGUGGAUGGGUUUCGCGGACCAAGCAGGAGCCUGUAGGCGAUAUUCCGAUGACUGAUGCCCCGGAGGUAGCUAGACCAUCUGUACAAGCUACCACAGAGGCGGAGGUUGUUCCAGAGUCGACCGCAACGCAGCGCCACAGCCCGGAAACGGAGCCCAUCACCAAUGUCCAGAGCCCAUCCAGAAGCCAAUCGCCUCGAUACAUAUCUGACGAUACCAAACCCACCGAUGUCGAGACACCCACAUCCGUGUCUCUGCUGCAUGCGCCCAAGACUGACAGCAGGUCCACCUCGCCCCAGCCGGCCGCCGCCCCCAGGACCGAGAUACCUUUCCUCCUUCGGGGCACCCUGCGCGAAUAUCAACACCUUGGCCUCGACUGGCUUGCAGCUUUGUACGCAAACAACACGAACGGUAUCCUUGCGGAUGAAAUGGGAUUAGGAAAGACCAUCCAGACCAUCGCGCUUUUGGCGCAUCUCGCCUGUUACCACGAGGUCUGGGGGCCUCACCUUGUGAUCGUGCCGACGAGUGUCAUGCUGAACUGGGAGAUGGAGUUCAAGAAGUGGUGUCCUGGCUUCAAGAUCCUCACUUACUACGGAAAUCAGGAAGAGCGAAAGAGAAAACGCCAAGGCUGGACCAACGAUGACGUGUGGAAUGUGUGCAUCACCUCGUACCAGAUGGUUCUUCAGGACCAGCAGGUGUUCCGACGGAGACGGUGGCAUUACAUGAUCCUCGACGAAGCACACAACAUCAAAAACUUCAAAUCCCAACGAUGGCAGACCCUGUUGGGCUUUAACACCCACUCUCGACUGCUCCUCACCGGUACGCCAUUGCAAAACAACUUGACGGAGCUGUGGUCACUGCUGUACUUUCUUGCGCCGCCUGAGAAUGGUGAAGGCGGGUUUGUCGACCUCAAGGAGUUUCACAACUGGUUCUCAAGACCAGAGUCCCAAAUCCUCGAGAGUGGGCGUGAGCAGCUCGAUGAUGAAGCUCGCGCUAUCAUCUCCAAACUACACAAGGUCCUCCGGCCAUAUUUGCUCCGGCGUUUAAAGGCAGAUGUAGAGAAGCAGAUGCCAGCAAAGUAUGAGCACGUCGAGUUCUGCCGGCUCUCCAAACGCCAACGCGAGUUAUACGAUGGGUUUCUGUCUCGGGCAGAUACCCGAGAAACCCUGGCUUCCGGGAACUACAUGUCUAUCAUUAACUGCCUGAUGCAGCUCCGGAAAGUGUGCAAUCACCCGGACCUCUUUGUCGAUCGGCCCAUUAUGACCUCUUUCCGGAUGCAACGCUCGGUUGCGUCGGACUACGAGCUCAACGAACAUCUUAUCAGAAAGAAGCUUCUGGCUGUUGAACCGAUGGGCAUCGUGAGCCUCAGCUUUCUCAACAUGAUCCCUGCUCAGUACGAGGGCAUGUCGAGCACACAUGCGGACCGGAUCGCUCAGUUGAGUGCGCAGCGCAUCCUCCUCGACCUUCGAGAAGCGCAGAAGACGCGGGCCAACAACGCCUAUCCUGACUUGGAUCCUGCGUCAGUCAAGUCCAACUUGGUGUAUCUGGAAGGCGCCGCGCGCUGGGGUCGGUUUGAGGAGCUGCAGCAUUGUGUGUACCUCAACGCGCUUCGCCGCCAGCAACGGCCGAUUUACGGCAAGCGUCUCAUCGAACUCUUGACACUCGGCACGCAGCGCCGGCCCUUCAAGCCACGGCCCAAGGUCCCGCAGAAGGUAAUGGGCUGGUUCGAGGAGGAGUCGUAUCUGCUGCACAACGCCAUUCCGACAUUGCAACAGCGGGCUGACUCGAUGGAGACGACCAUAACCAAAUUCGCAUGUGUCACCCCGGCCGUCGUGACGGGCGACAUGACCAGGCUGUUGCUUGGUGCGAAGGGGGUCCAAGCCUUCCAGGAGGCGGACCUGAGGCUGUCCGCUCCUGUCCGAUACGCGCCGUACAUGCCGAAGGAGCGGCCGCCGGACCCUUGGCAUGAAGCCCGCAUGCGGUUAUCGAUCCAGUUCCCCGACAAGCGGCUCUUGCAAUAUGACUGUGGCAAGCUGCAAGCCUUGGACAAGCUGCUGCGCAGGCUCCAGGUCGGCGGCCACCGCGCCCUGAUCUUCACGCAGAUGACCAAGGUGCUCGACAUCCUCGAGCAGUUUCUCAACAUCCACGGCCACAAGUACCUGCGGCUGGACGGCGCGACCAAAGUCGAGCAGCGCCAGAUCCUGACCGACCGCUUCAACAACGACCCGCGCAUCCUGUGCUUCAUCCUGUCGACGCGGUCCGGCGGCCUGGGCAUCAACCUCACGGGCGCCGACACGGUCAUCUUCUACGACCAGGACUGGAACCCGGCGAUGGACAAGCAGUGCCAGGACCGGUGCCACCGCAUCGGGCAGACGCGCGACGUGCACAUCUACCGCCUCGUCAGCGAGCACACCAUCGAGGCCAACAUCCUGCGCAAGGCCAGCCAGAAGCAGAUGCUCGACGACGUCGUCAUCCAGGAGGGCGAGUUCACGACCGAUUACUUCCACAAGCUCGCCGUGCGCGACGUCAUCGGUACCAACGGCGAGGUCCUGGCCAACGAGGAUGACGUUGCCGCCAACGCCGCUAUGGACAGGGUGCUCGGCGGCGUCGAAAGCAGCAAUCCGCGCAGCGUGGGCCGCGUGCUGGAGCAGGCCGAGGACAAGGAGGACGUCGCGGCCGCCCGUGUGGCCGAGAAGGAGAUCCAGCAGGACGAUGCCGAUUUCCUCGAACAACAGCCUGCAUCCGGUGGCGGAUCGGGCGUGUCGAGUGUCAGGCAGGGGACGCCGAGGGAGGGCACCGCAGAGCCUCUGUCUGCUUCCGUCGUGGGGAGAUCUGGACUGGGGCUGUUUGCCGAGUCGGCCGAGGACGGGGAUGCGGUUGAGGAGGUGGAGGUCGAAUACAAUGCCUUUGGGGAGCGGAUGCACACCAUCGACGAUUACAUGCUCUCCUUCAUGGCGAGGGCGCUCGAGGGCACGCCGCUGGAGCUGCCGAGGGAUAAGAAGAAGAGUAAGAAAAAGGGCAAGGAUACGAGGAAGCGGUAAGGCUGCUGGCAACGGCACGGCAGUCGAAGCGCACCGGAUCGCCUUGGUUAGAGCUAGUUUGUAUCAUAGCUGGGCAUGUUACUUUUUGGAGACAGCGAUUUCAUGUUGCGGCAUUGAGCGAGAAGAUGAGUUUGUUCUACCGGAUAGAUCAUGGUUUGGGGUGGUCGUCAGCUCUUGUACACAUUGAAUCAGGGAUACAGCGAUUCGAAGCAUUUUGUAAGAUGGGAGUUUUUGUACUAGCGGAAGGAAAUGAUACGAUAUGCUCGUUGAAUCCCACUCAUUACCGUAUGCUCUGUAUGCGUCUUUUGUACGCUUCACUGAUCGACCGGAAGCUUGGGAAGAGUCGAGUCCUCGAUUCAGUCUCGAAGAAGAUGGCACACGUGACGGGGGGGAUGAGGUAUGCGUUUCCUAUGGUACAAGAGGAGGCAAGCAG